UUAGGGACGGAUUCAGCAGAUGCUCCCCACUCUCGGUUUAAGUGAUGGAAGUUCGUGUAACAGUAACCUGGAAGUAAUUGCGCCAUCGCUAGUUUGCAUUUAAAAUUUAAGUAUUUGAAGGCCCAGUAAUAAAACGAGAUUUAUAAAUAAAUAUAGACAAUACAAACAUUAUAAACACAAAAUCGCAGAGAUAAUGGGUGCCGAAAAAUCUCUACGCAUUGAAGAGUGCAUCAACCAGCAUGGAAAACCGAACGCAUUCGGAGUGCGGCAUGUUCAGGCGCUGCUCAUGUUCUUUGGCAUGGUAUUCGGCUAUUUUCUGCGUGUGAAUAUUUCCGCCGCUAUAGUGCCAAUGACAAAGCCCUCAGCUGAUGCUUCAUACUAUGACUGGGAUCCCUCCAAAAAAUCGCUCAUAUUAAGUAGCUUCUUUUGGGGUUACGUCGUGGCACAAGUGCCUUCGGGACUACUGGCCAAACGUUUUGGUGGCAAAAUGGUGCUGGGCGUUGCCACAGUGUUGGGUUCUGUGAUAACAUUGUUACAUCCUUGGGCCGCAUCUGGCGGUAGUUGGCAAUUAGUGUGUACACUUCGUGUCUUUAUUGGUAUGAUGCAGGGCACCCUAUAUCCUUCGAUACAUACGCUGCUAGCCAAAUGGGUGCCGCGUACGGAGCGUAGCUUUAUAUCUACAUCGGUAUAUUCGGGAGCGCAGUUGGGUACGGUUAUUAUAUUGGGUACCAGUGGUGCUAUAUUCGAUUCCAGUAUGGGUUGGCCGGGUGUAUUUUAUAUUUCUGGCGCACUGGCAUUGGCUUGGUCACUUUUGUUUUUAUUUUUUGGUGUGGAUAGUCCACAAAAGUCUAAAGUGAUAUCAGCAGAGGAGCGUGCAUAUAUUGAGAGGCUUACCGGCAACGGUGGUUUAGAGAGCGAGGGCUUGUCCAUACCGUGGAAGUCAUUCUUCACAUCAGCACCCUUCUAUGGCCUUAUAGCUGCUCAAUCGGGAUUCACUUGGGGCUUUUACACAUUACUUACCCAACUUCCUACCUAUAUGGACUCCGUACUUAAACUGAAUGUCACCUCGAAUGCAUUACUAUCGGCUUUACCGUACUUCGUCAUGUGGGCGUUAUGCUUGAUCAUUAGUCCCAUUUCGGAUAUGCUUAUCAAUCGAAAUAUUUUGAGCACAACAACAGCGCGAAAGCUCUUUAAUAGCAUUGGUCAAUAUAUACCCAUGGCUUGCCUAAUUGGCGUGAGUUAUAUGACGAGUGAAAAGCGUAUAGAGGCUAUAACAUUGCUUACCAUUGGUGUUGGUUUUAAUGCAGUCGCUACCUGUGGGUAUUUAGUGAAUCAUAUGGAUCUUUCACCGAAUUUCGCCGGCCCAAUGAUGUCCAUUUCAAAUGGCGUGGCGAAUUUGUCGUCGAUAUUUGCACCUUUGGUUGUGGGCGCCAUCGUAGUAAAUGAGGAAGAGCCCAGUGAAUGGCGCAUUGUUUUCUUCAUCACGGCUGGUAUUUAUUUGGUGUGCAACGCGAUUUUCAUUAUUUUUGGCCAAGCAACUAUACAACCAUGGAAUGAUCCAAACAAUUUGAACAAAAUUACAACAACACAAGCAAUAGAUUCGUCCAAAAUCGCGAGCAUAGAACAAACUAUCGAGUCUGCCGAGUAAACCCGAGUGAACAUAGAUUUUAUGAUUAGAAAUGUAAGAACUAAUUUAGUAAGUACUAAUUCGUACAUUGCGAAAAAAUAAAAAUUUGUAUACUUUA